AUGGAUAAUAACUGGACAUCUAUCAAACAUUUCCAAAUUGUAGCAUUUUCAAACAAUACAGAUAAGAGUGAUAUUUUUUUCCUGAUAUUUUUCAGUAUUUAUAUGUCAGGUUUACUGGGUAAUUUAAUCAUAAUUUCAACAGUGAUCAUUGAUGUCCACCUACAUACCCCCAUGUACAUGUUCCUCUGCAACCUGUCUGUUGUGGAUAUCAUCUUUACAUCUUCUACUCUUCCAAAGCUGAUGGACAUUUUACUCACAAGAAACUUCUCAAUAUCCUUCACACAAUGCUUCGCCCAAUUGUAUUUCUUCAUGUUUGCAGCUGGCACGGAGGACAUCUUGUUGUCUUUGAUGGCCUAUGACCGAUAUGUGGCUGUCUGUAAGCCCUUACAUUACCACCUCAUCAUGAAUAAGAAGAAGUGUAUCCUCCUCUUAUUGGGGACCUGGAUUUGUGGGUCUGCAAAUUCGGUAUUCAUGACUGUUUCAAUCUACCACUUGGACCUGUGUAGAUCUGAUAAAAUCCAGCAUUUCUUCUGUGAUAUUAAAGCUUUGGAGAAGAUCUCUUGUAAUAACACUAGCUUGCACAUCAUCCUCUAUGUAGAAACGAUGCUACUUGCACUCUGUCCAUUUCUCCUAAGCAUAACCUCCUACAUUAAGAUCAUCAGAAGUAUUCUAGUGAUCAAGUCCACUAACAGUAGGAAAAAGACCUUCUCCACCUGCACGUCCCACCUUACAGUCCUCAUUAUUUUCUAUGGCACUGGACUAUGUAUGUAUAUGAAUCCCCCAUCAGACCAUUUAGAGGUGCAGGAUGUGGUCUACUCAGUUUUAUACACAGCUGUCACCCCCAUGUUAAAUCCUAUUAUAUAUAGUUUAAGAAAUAAAGAGGUCAAGGGGGCAAUGAGCAAGAUUAUUAGUAAUAAAAAAAUGACCCUCUUUUACUGA